AUGUCUGACCCAUCUGCCAACGUUUUUCAUAAAUUAUGUCUUGGUAUGGAUGAUGACAGUGACUGGAAUCGUCGAAACGUCAUUGGUAGUAUGGCCGAAUUGCUGGCAGGAGAUACCACUGGGGAGCUAAAAAACCUACAGGUUCCGAUGUGGGGAGAAGACAUCGCCUUGACAUUUAUACUUGAACCAAUAGUACAACGUGGUGUUACGGCUCCCAAUGAUCAGACCAAAGCACGUGAAGAGACUCCCUGGCACCUCAUCCAUGUUGUUCUCGACAUACUUGCACGCCAAGAACUUACACGACAAAAAGUAGCUAAAGAGGCAAACCGGGCCUUGGGUCUCAAUUCCUACUGGCGAGCAGAGCAAGCAAGGGGGGCCGAGGAUGCAAAAGAAGUACUGUUGCUCUCAGAUGAGCACAGGAAUAAAUUAAAGUCUAUCGCAAGCUCCAAAGUGUCGACUUUAAUGAGGACCAGAUAUGUGUUUAUAUCGCUACACCUCCGUCGAAUGCACAUCUAUGAGACUCUCCGCACCAGAUCCACAGGAGUUGACGAACUUAUAAAGACUUAUUUCCCGCAAGAAAUUCCAGCAGAUCCCAAUUAUCUGUACUUGCAAAUAGUAAAGGAUGGAGACCCGCAGGAAAUGAGGUCAUAUCUGGCUGAACGGAAGCUCGUUUAUACCCUUUAUAGGGAGAUCGAUGCAUGGGAAGACCAGCUGCAAAAGGAUGGGAUUGGAGAAGACAUAAUGAAUGGUUUGGCACAAGACCUCGAACGCGAGUUCUCAUAUCCGGUCGAGUUCGAGCGCCGUUUUCCUCCCUUUAUGGAUUGGACUGAGCUGGUUAGAAUCACGCUCGGUUGGUCAAGAAGUGUGAGAAAUAUGGUUAACACUUUGCAAAGUAUAUUCGACCCCAACGACACACCAAGCGAUGACCUUCUCCCAAAUUAA